CCCCGGAGUCGUCCAAAGGAAAUGAUUGUGGUUUUUGACCGUAUGUACGAAUAGACAUUUUGAAUAUCGUUUUUGAAAAAGAAUCGAACACGCGCAUCGAGCAUUGUUGUCCUCACGCGUGCAACCCCGCGUGUAACACGCGUGGGUCCCCUCUCACCACGUGGAGGGUGUGUACAAUGUACAUACUUGUACAUACUUGAAGUCCAGUAAGUACACUUUUUUAUGACGAUUUGUAUCAACCACAUUUUGUUCCAUUUCCCAAUUCUUUUUUUCCUUCAAAUACAAGACUACUAAAGGAAAAGAUCUACCCUCACAACAAAUACGAUCUAUCCCAUUCAUAUCAAUGUAAAACUGUAGUAAAUAUCGAAAAAAUAGUAGAGAGUUCAAGACUGUAGAUUAUCAGCACCAUCACCUACUUUACAAAGACUACAAACUGCUGGUAUUCAGGUCACAAUAUCUGUUGAAAGUACUUGCAAUAUUCACUCUAAUUUUAGAAUAAAAAGCGACUUUUUGAUAUCAACAAAAGUUUUUUUAACUCUUAAAACCUACCGGUUUAAAAUGGGUAUUAUUUUCUGUCGUCUUUUUUUCCUUUGGUCUGUAUUUCCUUUCGGGUUUGUUGAAUUAGUUAAAUUUCCAACAGCAGUGAGAUGGAUGGCUGAAGAAUGGUCCGUGCCGUCCGCUGAAGACAAACUAUUCUGCUUCGUCAAAAAACUAGACGAAGUUGGCUUGUAAAACGCCGCUUUUCGUGGCCGACAUGGAGAACCUCUCGGGCUCGAACAAGGAGAGUAUAAAGCCUUUGUGUUGCCUUCUAAAAUAUCAUUUACUUCUUUUUCUUUCACUAACAUAAUGUUCGCGUUGGAAAGAUUGCUGUAAGUGAUACCAAUUCCUGCUAAAAGUUGACGUUCUUCUGCGGUGACACAUCGUCUCCAUAGCAGAGGAAAACGUUUAUAAAGGGCACCUUUGAACAGGUUCAUCGAGUGACCAACUUGACUUCCUAUCAUGUAAUGCUCACCAUCUUCUUUAAAUUUAAAAACAACAGGAUUUUUAGCUCUCACUAUUGACGCCGCCAUGUUAGAUCACGGUGAGAGAUCUAGAAGACUGGUGAAAACAAUAGAUGUUAUAAAAGUUCUUGACAGCUUUUGUCAAAACGUCAUUGCAAAUUUACUUUAUCCUGGUUGAAUAUUACAUUUGUUGACAAGAUUUUUUAAUUCUCGUUGACAUGCAACCAGCUUUUUUCAUGUUUUAUCCACUUUUAAAAAGCAUGCUGCUGAUGUAUACAAGAAACAAUAUUUCUUGGUUUGUCCAUCUUCAAGUUCCUCUAGCAUCGGGAAAACUUUCUUUAGAACAGAAGUCUAGGCAGGCCACUGAAAAAAGAACAGUUUUCUUACUUAUUAAAAAACUUAACGAACAAAAAAUAACAAAAAUGCAUGCGCGCAAUUUAGUGACAUCACAAAGGCUAACUGAAUCGCAUCGUGUGAAAAAUACUGGGAAGCGCAAACGUAUUUUAAUAUAUUCCUUUCAUCCAAUCUUAAUAAUUUCACGCGAUAAUGGAGGAUGCUUAAAGACCUGCUCUGUGGCUUAGACUUAAUGAGUAAGUCUAAAAACAAGUCCACCAGUUCUUCGGAUGUCUCAUCGGAAAAGCCUCCGAUCACGAUAGAAGAAAUCGAUUGUGAACGACGGGGUUACAAAUUGACUCACAAGACGCUAGGAACGGGUGCUUAUGCUAAAGUGAAGCUAGCUUACGUUUCGGAUAACAAGAAGGCCAAACAUCCGUUUUUGAGAACAGACCUCGAGAAUAAAAAUGAUAACAAGAUUGCUAUUAAAAUCAUUUCCAAGAAAAAUGCGCCUGCUGAAUAUCUAGAGAAGUUUAUGCCUCGUGAAAUCGACGCACUGAAUGCAACGUGUAGACACCGUAAUGUUAUCACACUCUACGAGACGUUUCGUUCUGAGACAAAGAUCUAUCUCGUUAUGGAGUAUGCGGCCAAAGGCGAUCUUUUGGAGUUUAUAAACUCAAGGACUAGAAGGGGGCAGCCUCUGACAGAAGAGAAAGCGAAGAUCUUGUUUCGACAGCUAGUGCUUGGUAUCACACAUUGUCAUCAGAGAAAUGUCGUGCAUAGAGAUCUAAAAUGUGAGAAUGUUCUUCUGGAUGCGAACGAUCUUAUCAAAGUGACAGAUUUUGGAUUUGCCACGAGAUACCCGACCAGCAAAUGUAAAUUUCUUGACACAUUCUGUGGUAGUUAUGCCUACGCUGCCCCAGAGAUCCUUUCAGCUUGUAAAUAUGAUGGCAAACUUGCUGAUAUAUGGAGUUUAGGCGUCAUCUUGUUCGCCAUGACAUGUGGAAGGUUGCCUUACAAUGAUAAAAGUCUUAAACACUUGAUUGAACAGACGAAAAAGAAAGUAAUUUUUCCUGAGAAACUAAAUUUAUCGUCAGAACUUCGCGAUCUAAUUCACGGAAUACUUGUGCAUGAUUCAACUUCCAGACUGACCCUUCACGAGAUAUUGUUUCACCCAUGGCUGGCCAUGACCAAAGUGCCAAAGCAGGCUCCCUCGUGCACGCCUUCGCGUAAACUCUCACGUGGAGACAGGGAAUACGAGAAACCAACGCCUUGCAUCACAGGGACUGGGACGAUUGCUUUGGAGAGACGAACCAGGCCCCUGGGAGUGCCUCGACCACAGAAGAAAGCAAGGAGACCCUCUGUACCAUCGCCUGUCCAGUUUCUAGUUGCUACGCAACGUGAAAACUCAAUUCGGAAAUCAGCCAUACCGUCGGGCACUUGGAGCCCGCAGUCAAGCACGCCUGAACCAGGUCACGUGGCAAAGAUGAUGAGGGAUAAAAAUAACAAUGAUGUAAUGAAGCUGCUAAUGGCGGCAGGGCCCGAACGGCCGGCGACGCCAAUCCGGUUAUACAAGCUCGCCCCCGAACGACAUCAAAAAGUUAUUAAUGCUUACCAGGCUCCGACAUCUUCCCCCGUCGCACGACCACGGACUGGGGCAAGUAGACAGGGUAACCACGGUGACAAGAUGACGUCAGUAGCGCGGGAUGGUGGUAAUAGGUAUGCAUCUAUGAAAAGCGGUGUGUUUCUGAGAACGGUUCAUACUUUGUACCGAUGUAAGAAGGCAGAAGACGAAAUCACGGAGAGUUGGAAAGAGGAGACUGCAGUAGAUGGACAAGGUCAACCAGCAGAUAUGGAGUACAGUGGUAGUUCAGAUAAGUAUAAUUUCCCCCCAGUCUCUGGCCGCGCAGGUAGUGACGAGAAAUGUCCGCAACAUCAACGCGCAUCGUCGUGUCGUCGUUAUUCGGCGUGGAGACGCCCCGUCAAUUCAUCGAGGAAAAGAAACCUCGCUAUUAUUUCACGUAACGGAAAAACGCCAAAUUCUCGCACCAGCCAUAGCGCUGGUUACGAUGGCAACCGUGAGAGACGGGAUACCAACUCAUGCUGUAGGAAGACAUUCGCAAGCGUUUCGCAACCAAAACAACUAGUUUCAAAAUUGACUGUCCAUGUUAUAAAAUAGGAUUUUGUCCAAAUGAUUCAUUGUGGCCAGUGAGUUGUUCCGAGGCCAAACUGCGACUGUAUUGUUAAGUUAUAAAAAAGUAGUAUGUA